AUGAGUGAUUUGUGGGAAGAAAAGCGAGGCGUGAGUAUUGGUAUCGAUGAUUUACCAGAAUUUAUAUUGGAAUAUAUAUUUACGAUGAUAAGUCAGUAUGACGACUUGGAUUCCGUGAGACUUGUUUCAAGACGUUGGUUGCGCAUUGUUCACAACACGGUGCUGCUGAUGCGGCGUUCUUUCGAGAGAUGCGAUCAGAGAUGCUAUGAAACGGAUUUGCAUACAGGUCCAUUUUUAGCAGAACGAUGUUCGCAUUCAUCUUGCUAUCAUGCUCGUAGAAAAGUGAUGUUCGUUUUUGGAGGUUGUACAUCAACUUAUACUGCAUUCAACGAUCUGUGGACUUUCGACUUGACAUGGCACACAUGGUCUCGCGUUGUUGUGUCACGUGCGCCUUUCCCAAGUCCCAAAGCGCUGGCCACUUUGCUGCCCUAUGGUGAUAAUCUUCUUCUAUACGGUGGAUUCUCGAAAUCCUCUCCGAAUCCGAUCCAUCAAACAUCGACAUUCUAUAAUGAAUUACAUUUGUAUAGUGCAGAUAAAAAUCAAUGGAUUGAAAUAAUCACCGAGAAUUCAGCACCAAAAUUGGCGAGUCAUUCGGCAUCGAUAGUUGGUGAUUCGAUGAUUGUAUUCGGUGGUUCGAUGGGCAAUUGUUCAUCGAAUGAAAUAUGGGUGUUGGACAUUCCUGGUCGAGUUUGGUUGCAACCGCAAAUCGCUGACGGACGUCGUCCAUCGGCUCGUUAUGGUCAUUCGCAGGUGCUGUUGGAUUCGAAUCAUUUGUUGAUAGUUGGUGGUUGUGGUGGUCCGAACAUGAUCUACAGUGAUGCGUGGUUAUUGUGUUUCGAUGUCUCGAUGUCAACAGUUUGGGAGUGGCACGAAGUCAAGAUAUUAAAUCCAGAGUCGUCAGCACCUCAGCUGUGGUGUCAUGCUGCAUGUCGCGUUGGCAAAAAUCUGGUUGCUUUAAGCCGUACACUCAAAAAACCAAAAUCGUGUUCUGAUUUCAGAGAUAUGAGUAUCGGCACGCCACCGACCCCACUGAAUGUACGAUCAGCACUAUUGACCGAACGUCGUGUUGCUGAAACAGUGGCGUUGAGGAGUGGUACGAUGAACUUGAGUAAUAACAAUCGAUCAUCGACAACCAACGAGAGCAGCUCGAAUCUGCAACCGAGUACAUCCUCUUCGAGACGACGGAAUUUAAUCACUUCGAAAUCACUCGAUGAGCAUUUUGAAGUGGAUGAUCGAGAAGGUGAUGAUGCGAUGCGACGAUCGAACGAUGGUGAUAGCAACAAGUUGAGUGUUGCUGGAAGUGGUGUGGCAUCGAAGAAUACGGAACUGCAGCGAGCCAGAUCAAUACCAGCGAUAAUUGUUGGUGAGAUACCGAAACUCGUCGUGACUUCUUCUGAGGCAACUGCUUCGACUGCAAAUCGACAGUCACCGCCAAGUGAACGUUGCUCAGUACCAUCAACACCCUUCACUAACACCAGUCAAAGUACUGAUGACAGCAGUAGAUAUGGAUCACAUAAUACCAACAACGGCUUUCUAGCACGUCGUCUCAUGUCCGCUUACGUUCUUGAUCUGUCGCGUGUGCUGUCUGAACGUACUGCAAGAUGGCAGGAACAAAAGUUGGAGUUGAAUGCACCAGAAGAUACGAUAUUGUAUUCGAUAUGUGUGGGACGAGGUGAGAUUAUCAUGUUUGGUGGGAUGAGAAGCGAUAGUGCAAUGGAGGGAUUGUCUCCGUUCACGCAUUCCAUCAACAACAACACCUUCGUCCUGAAACCUACAUAUUCCGUGUGA